AUGAACCUUGUUGCAUGGAAUUCGGCCAUACAGAUACGAAAGAGGGUUGCCACCGAGAACGUGUGCACGGCCGGCGCGCUAUGGUACCAGGUAGCAAGUCCGACAAGCCACCAAGAACUCGUAGGAAACGGGAAAGCUAUCCGGCAAAUAGAAGACUGGUUUUCCGAGGCCUCGGCCGAACCCGAGACGUCCGCAUGUCUUUUUUUACACGGAGAGUCCGGCACGGGCAAGUCCACCGCGGUUACGAUGAUCGCACAGAAGCACGAGUUCAAAACUGUCACGACGUACGCAGACCGAUCGAGGACGCCCGCUCGCCUAGAGGGUGUCGUGCGCGAAGCGGGUGUUCACGGCCCACGGGGGGUGGUCGUCCUCGAUGACUUUGAAAUCUUUCUCGAGGAGACCACAUCCCUCAGGGUCUUGUCCAAGCUCCUCCGACAACUUCUGAGCACGGGAGACACCAGUGUGAGGAACCGCUCUAGGUGUCUUUUUAUCAUCAUCAGCAACUCAAAGCACAAGCAGUUCGGAUCCCUGCAGGAUAUAUCUACAACGAUUCACUUCGAGCGACUCCACCAGAGCGAGAUCAACAAAGUGUUCAAUCGACUGGCGUGGAGAGUCAGGCGUCACUCGUACGUUCCCCCGAUGGCAUCUUACCUAUCGUCCAUAUCGAGCUCGGGGACGAUCACACAGGGAGUACAACAGCUCCAGCUACUGUACGCCGGGGACACGCCACCCGACUUCCUUCGCCGACCGGGUCGCAAGAAACAAAAAAUAGCCGGGCACACCAACAGUCAUCGUGACUGCAUUUCCUAUCUGUGGUCCGACAUUUACACGGACAAGAUACUGGAGCACUUGGUAGACAACAACUUCCACGAAGGGCGCGUCAUCGACCGGCUUCGUUCAUUCGAAAGGGAGAGACUCGACAAAGUCGGCGGCCAGCUGCACGAGGAAUACGCGCGGCGGAUGACAUCCGUCGAGCAACUGCGGGACGUGGCAGAAUCGAUCAGCAUGUCGGACACCAACCGCCUCGAGUUUCACCACGACGCGCUCUACGACGGAGAGAACAGCGACAGCUGGUCGGAGAACGACAUGGCCUUCGUAUCAUUCGUUGCAUACGGCGUGCUCACCAUCAAGGGCCAGAGGAGGAGGGAUCAGUCCUGGUCUAGGAAAACACACACCCGACUUUUGAAAUGCGAGGCGUUGGUCCUCUGA